AUGAAUCACACGAUCAUUGCUUUGGUGCCUAAGGCAAAUCAUGCAACUACCAUGGAAGACACAGGCAUAUUGCUUAUUUUGGGCCCUACUCUUAGUACUAUUAUUGAUCAAGCACAAGCCGCGUUUGUGGAAGGUAGAAGCAUGACGAAAAACAUUCACCUUACUCAAGAGCUUCUUAGUCAAUACAACCGUAAGAGAGUUGCUCAUAGAUGCCUUUUCAAAAUUGAUCUUAGGAAGGCAUAUGAUUCGUUUAAUUGGGAGUUCCCAAAAAUGUGCUUGAAGGGCUUGGAUUUCCAACAAAAUUCAUUGAAUAGGGAGCAACCAAUAAUAGUGAGUUCAACUAUCAUUCCUAAAUGUGACCCUUUGAAGAUAAUUCACUUAGCAUUUGCGGAUGAUUUGAUGAUUUUUACUAAAGGGAAUGUUAUUUCGGUUGGUAUCUUGAUGGAGUGCUUAUUCAACUUUGGAGACAUGUUAAGAUUAAGGAUGAAUGUGAACAAGUCUAAGUUGUACACGGCGAGAGUUCAUGGGCAAGAGGGAAAAGUUGAAUUAUCUCUUAUGACUCGUUUAUCAACAAAUUUCAGCCUAUGUUGGAGAGCAGAACUUGUGAGAUCCAUUCUUCAAGCCAUUGAUUGCUUGGAAAGAGUAUUUGCUUGCCGAAAUAUGAGGGAGGGCUUGGAUUUAGAGAUAUCAAAUGCUAUGGGAUUUCUUAAUGAUGAUUCCAUUAUACUUAUAAUCAAGAAAGAUGAAAUUGUGGAUGGAUAUACGUGUUGCUUAUGUGAAUGUUCACGUUUAUGCCAUAUGUUACAAAUUAUUUACAAGAAAAAGCUGAGGAUUCUAUAA